AUUCACAUUGACACAUUCAUGUCAUUACUGUCAAUAGAGGUGCCGAAGUGCAAUAUUUUGAUUUAAUUUUCUGUUCUGAAAGCGGACUAUUGAAAUAAAUUAGAUAUUUCGAACACAUUAAGAAGUUAUUUGAAAUUUUAAGAAGUAUACAAAGAAGUUGGUUGUAGUUUCCUAUGGAAUAAACUAACCAUAAAAUACCACGAACUAUUGUUUACCAACAAGUGAGUGCUGUCUAUCAGCCAUGUUCCACCAGCACAUUGGGUUGGCGUACAUAGCGGAUGGGUUUACGGAUGACUGUGAUGAGCUCAUACACCGCUGCCUGGAAGCCGGCACCGUCACCUUCGAGGUGUUCUCCGAAGUAUGGAAGAGUAUGGAGUUUGCAUGUAUAUUCCACAACAGAUCCUCAGGCGCAGAAAUAGCAGAGUUGAGUGAAGAAGUGAUACACAUUGCCAAAAGCUACAUGUUGGCUGAUACUAGCAAUUUUGAGGAAUCAGUAACAGGCCUUUUCCUGGUCUACAGUCUUCUAAAUCUCCAGCCGUACGCCAACUUUGCACAUCUUCGGAUAGUCCAGGAUGAUCUACCAGCCCUACAGAGGAUAGAGGUGGUUGCCAGGCGGGAUAGGAGGCAGGAUGUGCUCUAUAUCCUGGGAUCAGUGCUCAUACAGGGUCCUGUACAGUACCAGGCCGUGCUUAGAGAGAGGGGCAUGGAAUAUCCCAUCAGAAAGUACUUGGAAGGUUACGGUGGUAAAGACAAGAAAGACUCUCGUCCUAAAGGAGUGUUCUACCGGCAGAACACAGAGCUGGAUCUCUUGAAGGAGCUGAAACAUCUCACGAUACGAUACUGCAAUGCCAAAGAAAAUAUCACUGGUGUAAAACCAGAAGACCUCAGCUACGUAGACCCUGACUUCGCCGUGAGCUUGGACAAGAGUCUGCGGAAUGUCAUCAGCGGGAUAUAUGACAAUGAUGAACAGGACGUUGAGGAGGCUCAGGAGGCUGACCCCGUCCCCUGUACUGAACUAGCUAAGAGUAUAAAGAAGAAGGCGAUGGAAGCCAAGGUGAAGCCACUACGGCAUCGGAUGGACGUCGCGUCCAGAGCAAACCAACAACCAGCACCAGUAAAUAAACCCCCAAACCCCAAGACUUAUACCAACCCUCGAAGCAAAGCCAAGAAACGGGUGAGGAAAGCGAGCAACUCAGACGAGAGCGAAGACUACACCAUCAGGCACGAUUCUGACAAGGAAGGAGACAAUGACCCACUAGACCUCACAAACUUCACCCAACCUACGUCCCAAGCAAGUGAUCUAGAAAUAGAAAUGUUACCAGAUAUCAUACAAAAUGAGGACCAAAGACGGACGUAUGAAAUUGAAAUCAUUGACAAUUUUAAUCAGGCCUCACAAUCGUCUGUUAGCACAGAUGAUAGCAAUCAAGAAGUGUUUAAACAUAAACGUGAUUUGAAGAAGACUAUUGUUAAAUCUAGGUUCAAACGUAUGGGUAUGUUACCUGUUGCCAAUUUUGAGAAUAAGGAUCCGUGAAAAUGAUUUUUUGUAGUGUAAAUAUUAGCAGUAAGAUAGAUUUAAAGUAAGCGUCCACAGACCCGCAUACACAUCGAAAUGAAAUCAUCUUAUUUUUCUGUAAAUAGGCAAAUAAUACAAAAGAGCACUAUUACACGUCAAAAUUUAUGAAAAAGAAAAUUAGAUGAGGACGCAUCGCACGCAUAGUACGCAUGCCGUAUGACGUCAUCGGUACGCGUCGCAUGUAGGCAUUGCCGAUGAUGCGGUCCGUACGAUGCGGAUCAGUGGUCGCAGUUGUAUGAGUUUCUAUACAAGACAAACUAAAAUCCGUUGCGUGCGAUGCGUACGAUGCGGGCCUGUGGACGAUUACCUUUACCUGUCGUGUGCCGAAAUGCGGAUCUACGCGAGACACAAUGUAUUUUCUAUUGUGUCUUAUAAUACAAGAAGUUAAGGCUGAUUUAUAACGUGUUUUGGCAACACUGUGAUUUGUAUGUUACUUGUAUGUAAAAAUACAUAAGUAUAUUUUCUUUUAUUUUGUUCUCUGUGAUAAUUAUUUUAAUAUAGUUUUUGUUGAUUCAUGUCCAACAGAGAUUGUACAGUUUAUUUUUUUCAAAUAAACGUUUAAUUAGUA